AUGGAUGUUUCUAAAAUCGAAGAUAUGAAUGUCGAAACGGCAGUAGUUGGAGGUCAAGCAUAUUUCAUAGGAUUAACAAUAGAUUAUUUUGAGAACAGUCAGGAAUGGAAUCAAUACGACGUUUAUGUUACAGUUGUAGGAUACUUUGCAGUAACUGCAAUUUAUUUCUGUACAGUAAAUAUUAGUGCAUUUAUAACUGAAUUCUAUGCAAUGAAAUUAAAGAUAGCUCUCUGUACUCUUAUAUAUAGAAAGGCAAUUAGAUUAAGUCCUUCUUCUCUGAGAAGAUCGAGUGUUGGAAAAAUGGUAAAUCUUCUAGCAAACGAUGUAGGCAAAUUCCAAAACAAACUUGUCUUUUUUUCACUUGUAUUUACAUCGCCUUUUUUCAUUAUUACUGCGAUAGCCAUGUUGUGGAAAUAUUAUGGAUGGACUAUUUUAAUUGGAUUCCUAGUCAUAUUUCUCUAUCUUCCUAUACAAAUUGCUUUGACUAAAGUAUAUUCAAAAUUCAGAUUACAAGCAGCUGUAUUGGGAGACGAAAGAUUGAACCUGUUGAACGAGAUGAUUGCUGAUAUGAGAUUGAUCAAAAUGUACACCUGGGAAUUGCCUUACGCCGCAUUAAUAGAAAAAAUCAGAGUAAAAGAAAUGAGAAAACUUCGAAUGUUUUUAUAUACAAGUGGAAUAUCGUACAUAUUGGCGUAUCCUAUAUCGAAAUUAUUUACUCUUCUCGCAUAUCUCACGUUUUAUUUAAACGGAGGACAACUAAAUGCCCGAAUUAUAUUCGUCACUAUGACUUUCUCCAUAUACAUCUUCACCAGCAUUGUUACUCUAUAUGCUCAUGCAGUGAGUUUGGUUGCAGAAAUUUUGAUUUCAUUGAAGAGAAUACAGGAUUUCCUCCUCCUUCAAGAAAGAGAUAACAAUGCAGUGAAAACAGUAGAAGGAGAAAAUUUAACCGAACACGAAAUACGAAUGGAUAGUGUCACAGCUGCUUGGAAAAAAGGAACCGAACCAACGUUAAAAGAGAUAUCGUUCAACGUGCUGCCUGGGGAGUUAGUAAGUGUUAUUGGUCCAGUUGGAUCAGGGAAGACGUCUUUAUUAAUGUCCGUGUUGGGAGAGAUUCCAAUUACUUCCGGUGAAGUAUCAGUGAAAGGAAGGAUCUCGUAUUCUUCACAAGAAGCUUGGGUGUUCAAUGCAACUAUCAGAGAAAAUAUCUUGUUCAGUGAAGAAUAUCAAGAAGACAAAUAUAGAAAAGUCUUGCAUAUAACUGCACUAGAAAAGGAUAUUAGCUUAUUUCCUAAAGGAGAUCUGACUAUUGUAGGAGAAAGAGGAGUGAUAAUGAGCGGUGGGCAGAAGGCAAGAAUUAAUCUAGCAAGAGCGCUAUAUCUGGAUGCCGAUAUUUUUCUUCUCGAUGAUCCACUUAGUGCCGUUGAUGUUCCAGUGGCGAAACAUAUAUUCGAAAAAUGUAUAAUGGAAUAUUUAAAAGACAAGAUCUGCAUUCUUGUUACGCAUCAAGUACAGUUUUUAAACUGUGCAAGUAAAAUUUUAGCGUUAAACAAGGACGCCGAAAAUAACCAAACACCACGUGACAACGAAGUUAAGCAACCAGGAAUUUCAGUUUAUAAAUCAUACGUAAAUGCCGGAGCGGGACUUUUCUUCAAAAUGGUUAUCUUAUCCAUGUUAAUUAUAUCGCAAUCCUUUACAGCUGCCAGCGACUAUUGGCUAAUCAAAUGGUUGCAAGAUAUAAGAAUCUAUAGCCAAAGAAUAGAGAAUUUCGAAAAUAUUACAUCUAACAAAAGUAAUUUUCACAACAUUGAAGACGAAACUUUUUAUCACAGUGAAGAAUUCAACAUGUAUGUUUACAUUGGAUUGAUAUGUGCUGUAUUUCUAACCACGUUACCUUCUGGAUUAUUGUUAUACAAAUUUUUCACAAUUGCUUCUUUCAAGCUGCACAACAAUAUGUUUCGUUGUAUCAUUCGAACUCCGAUAUCAUUUUUGGAUAACAAUCCCGUUGGAAAAAUCUUAAUUCGGUUUUCUAAAGAUGUUAGUUCCAUGGAUGAAUCGUUACCUUUCUUUACUUUCUUUCUGAUAAGAGGAUGCUCUAUUUUUGUUGGCAUGUGUGUUCUUCAAGCAAUCCUCUGUCCUUAUCUACUGGUAUUGAUUGCUGUCCUUUCAACAGUAUUCUAUGCUUUGUGGAGAAUUUUUAGCCGAGUGUUGAAAAGUGUAAAACAUUUGGAAGGAAAAUUGAGAAGUCCAAUAUUUUCUCAUCUGAGUGCAUCCCUUUAUGGACUGACGACAAUUAGAGCAUUUAAUGCCGAAACCAAAUUUAAAUUUAUAUUUAAUAAGUAUCAGGAUAAGCACACUGCAACAUGGUUUCUUUACGUGGCGUUAAAUCGAUGGAUUGCCAUAUAUGGUCAUGUAAUUUGUUUCAUAAAUCUAAUUAUUACUGUUAUUAUUUUUAGUGUUUCCAAUAAUGCAGAUGACGCAGGAAGCCAAAUUGGACUUGUAUUAAAUUAUGGAAUAAUAAUAAUUUUGUAUUUUCAACAUCUUAUUGGAUUUGCAUCUGAAAUGGAAUUUCAGAUGAACUCGGUAAAGCGCAUUUUGAAAUACAGCAAAUUGAAAUCGGAAGCAUCGUACGAAAGUUCGCCCGAAAAUCGACCACCCUCAGAAUGGCCCCAAAGAGGAGAAAUUCAUUUUGAUAAUGUUUCUUUACAAUACUCCGAGGAUAAAAAUAUCGUUUUAAAAAAUUUAACAUUUCGUAUUCACUCUGGAGAAAAGAUAGGAAUUGUUGGGAGAACAGGAGCAGGUAAGAGUUCUAUAAUUGCUUCGAUAUUUCGCAUGACAGAGCCAAUAGGAACAAUCACCAUCGAUGGAGUCGAUACUAAGGAUAUCGGUCUUCGGGAUCUUCGUAGUAAAAUAUCCAUCAUUCCUCAAGAUCCGAUGUUGUUUACCGGUCCCCUUCGAAGGAACAUCGAUCCCUUUAAUGAAUAUUCGGAUGAAACUCUGUGGAAAGUCUUAGAAGAGGUACAGUUAAAAGAUGUUAUUAAUAAAUUACCUGGAGGAUUGGAUACGCAUUUAACGGAAGGAGGACGAAAUUUCAGUGUGGGAGAAAGACAGUUAAUUUGUCUGGCCAGAACCAUUCUUCUCCGGAAUAAAAUUGUCGUCAUGGACGAAGCGACGUCCAAUAUUGAUAAAAGGACCGAUUGCUGUCUACAGAAAAUAAUUCGAGAGAGAUUCGAGUCUUGUACAGUGUUGACAAUAGCCCACAGAUUACACACAAUUAUCGAUUCCGAUAGAGUUCUGGUACUAGAUGUAGGAAAAUUACAAGAAUUUGACUCGCCGUAUGCCUUACUGAAGAACGUAAAUGGUAUAUUUUAUAAUUUGGCAAAGAAGACGGGAGUAACUUCAAUGAAUGAGUUAUUGAAAAUUGCCAAAGAUAAAUAUUACGCUAAAGAAAGUGUCGAACAAACAAAACUAUAAAACAGUCGAUUGUUUUUAAUAUACAUCCAUUUUUUCAGGUCUGUUAUUAUGUGUUUUUUAAAUAUAUUGUUUUUAGAGACAUUGUGUCAAGUAGUAUUUCCGCACAUCAAGUAAAACAUAAAAUCGGUAAUGUCUGAACAUUUGUGAGUUAAUGAGUGAGGUAAUCUAGUUUUUCAAGUGAUGUCCAAAAUAUUUAACAAACGUCUAAAAAAUUAAUUAAAUUAAUAGAGUGUUUAUUGUCUAAAAAUAUUUUGUGAUUCUCUAACUUUUUGUUACUCAAGCAAAUGCAUUAGUGCUGUGAAUAAAUGUGAACCACUAAAUAUAAUUUUUUGUAAUAUUUCAUUAUUUUUCAAAAUGUUUAACUUAAUAUUACUUAUUUCUGAAUUUAAUUUGUUUUUAACUAACUUGGUUCAUUUAAAUGCUAAACAGUACUGUGUCACUGUUGGUCUCAAGAUGGCAUCAACGCGUUAGAGUAACCAUAUUCUGCUAAUAUAGGGCUCUACGUGAUAUGCUCCUACUGUGCCCUCUAUAUAUUCAAAAUUUUGAAUAUCGGCUGCCAGAGCCGGAGAAAGAGAAAGCAGUCGGGAUUUCUUUCUGUAUCUCUAAAAUACUUCAACUCACUUGCAAAAAUUGAUGUAUUACUUGCUCAUUUUAAAUUAAGUCGGAUAAAUUUACAAAAAUAUCCGAAUUAUACGUAUCAUUUAUUGCAGUAUUAUAAAUGAAAUAAAACGAGCAAAUAAAAUUGCAAUAUUAAAUAUUAUCUGAGAACAAGAAACUAAUUUUGUCACCAAACAGUAUAAUACGAAAACAAUUGACUAAUUACUAAAUGGGAUUUUCCAU